CCUAAGUUCGAAGUAAUAUUCGAGCGAAAUGGAGACGAGGUGCUACUGGCUCGUAACAUCGUUUCAGGAACAACUCACUGAAAUGUUUGCUGAAAUCAAGUCUCUCAAGAAAAUUUCCAUCGCAAUGGAUGUCGGCGACUGUGCCAAAGAGCCGUUGCGAUAUCGAAAUCGGUGA